AUGAGUGAUAUUGAUUAUCCUCAAUUGUUAGAUUAUUAUAAAAUCGCCUAUGCUAUGCCCAAUCUCAUUUCUUACCACAAUGCCAGAUUGUCACAAUAUUUUGUAAAUAACCGAAUCACAAAAUUGAAAUCAAUUGAUCUCCUUGGCCAAACAUAUAUUGGGAAUAACAGUUCUGGUAAGCGCGGGUCACUUGUUCAAGCUUUCUUCCGUAGCAGCAAUGGCCGAACUUCAAGCCUAUAUACCAGACAAAUUCAAGAUGAAGGUAUUGCAAUCUGCUUGCCAGAAUUCUCUGCUGAUAAUUAUCACAACAUCUUGCGUGUACAUCGCAUACACUUAGAGGUUGCAAUUGCUGUAGAUGUAACUGAUAUGAACGAAGAAAGAAUGCUGAUCAUUCCUAUGCCAAAAAAAUACUAUGCCUGA